AUGAUUCCUUGUCUGGUUCUAACAGUUUUGCUCACCAUCGCUUCGCCGCAUUUCUGCGAAGGAGGAAGUCUCGACGCUAACUACGCUGAAAGCUCCUCGCAGUCAUUUAAAACACCUUGUUGGUUGUGUGAAGUACCAAAGUGUAAAGAAUGUUUAACAAGCCAGUGGACUCAAUGGGGUUCAUGCUCGUCUCCUUGCGGGAAAAAAGGAUACCAGUCGAGAACUAGGCUCGUCCAUCAUCCGUCAUCUUGUCCAAAUGGAUCGUGCACACAUGUGUUACCAAAGGAAUGGCGGCCAUGCAACAGAUUUUGUCGCAAUGGAGGGACACCGAAUCGAUGGUUUUGCUCGUGUCCGUUAAAUUACAUUGGCGAUUGCUGUGAAACAGGUUUGUUAGUUUGUGUUAAGAAAUGACAUCGAUCGGCUUCAAUCAGUAUAAUUUCAAAUAUCAAAUCCAGUUAAACUGAUUUCAAUAUUCUUUACAAUUCCAAAAUUCUAGUUGAAAUGGUAAAAGCAAAUUGAGUGUCACACGAAAAAAAAUAAAACAGCGAUGGAGGCGAAGAGAGUAUAUUUUAGUUUAACCUUAAGUUACAUAGAGCGUAGUGAAUCACCAAAGCUAGUUGCUUGCCAUCAGAUCGACUAUUAAGACAAGGGAGUAACUCAGGAUAUAACUUUUCCAAGGCCUUCUAGGUGAUUCAGAACUUACUUUAUCGACCAGAUUUUUGUGUUUGACCAGACUUACUCGACCGACCAUAUAGGACCCUCCCCUUCAACAACUUCUCUGCCACAUCCUAGCAACAACCAAAGACACGCUUCAACAAAACAUCUUUUUACCCUCUAAAAUAAUAAUGAACGUAAAGUAUCAAGCGAGCCCUUUCAAAGAUUGGAGUCUUCGUUAAAAUGUCGCAUGGUAGGGUUUUGUCAACAGACUCAAAAAUUGUCUACAACAGGUCAAUAUUGACAUUUAACCAGGACCUAUAUAAUUAAAUGGUCAGGUUGUCAACUUCACCGUCUGACUUGCCACAAAUUAAUAACCUAAGGAUGGAACAUUGGCAAUAAGAAAAAAGGGGAACGCAGAUGUUCUUUAAACUGAUAUUUGAUAUCAUUUUAGUUUGAAAAAGGACGAUCCUUUUACAAUUCUCCUUUCCUGUUUAUUUGUCAUGCAUAGAGGUUAAUUUGUCGAUUCCCUUGUAGAAUUUUUGGGGUGGAGCAGGUGGGGAGACUGGAGCAAAUGCAACAAGUCGUGCGGUUCCGGUGUACAAGAACGCAUGCGCAUGUGUAUUGGGUCAAUACAGUCCAACGCGUCUGCAUGUGGUGGAGCGUGCAAUGGGCCGAGUAUGGAGACUAGAGCUUGCAACCCGAAAGACUGUCCAGGUAUUACGCUUGUAUACUUUUGUGAUGUCGUUAAAAUGUUCUGCGCAAGCGAAGACGCACAGUUUAAAUUCUAUCAUUUUACUUUCUUUUAUAAUAUAACAUCUCUGACUCACUGGUUCUUUUCACUUGCGCGUGACAGCAAAGGCCUCCGUCUUGUUCGUCGACCCCAAAAGAGAUUUGGGAAUGAGAUUAAAGGGAAGUCUAAAGUAAAAUUCACGUUAUGAUACAAAUCAAGUCUAAUUUAGAACAAAAUACACCCUACUAGUGAGAAAGGCUAAUGUAUCACAGAAGCGGGUUGUAGAGAUCAGAAGUUAGAGGAACGCUACAGAAUGCAGGAUGAAAAAACAGACGACCUUUCAAAAGUCAAAUCAAAUGAGCAAUCUCGCACACGAAUGUCGCGCAAAUCACGUACCGAAUGUCACGCUUUGAUCGUGAUUUUUUUUAUGAGGUUUUGAACACAAGUGAGAAAUAGUAGUGUCCCGUCACCCGUUUUUCUCACCCACCCCCGCCCCCCCACACCACUUUCUUUUCUUUUUAUUUCCUUUUUUAUCAUUUUCAGUUCAGUUCGAGUCGCUUGGAUGCUUCAAAGACAGCAGGCCUCGCUCUCUUCCUUUGCUCGUCGAGAACCUUCGAAAAAACAUUGACUGGAACAACCUGACUAAAACAGUGAGAGCAUGCGCGGAACUAGUCCAGAGGCGUGGUCUUACCAUAUUUGGUAUCCAGUUUUAUGGAGAAUGUUGGAGUGGAGUGGACGCCUGGAAGACAUACGACAAAUACGGACCUUCGAAGAACUGCUGGAGAGGGGUUGGAAGGGAGGGAAGCAACUUCGUUUAUAAGCUCAAAGAGUAA